AUGCGCAGACUUAACACGGCUAAGUCUGGGAUACACAAGCCAGAACGUCCUGCCGUGCUCAAUUUCCAGAGUGCCGUCAAAGAGAACUCCGUGCUGACCUCUAUGCCUCUGUCUCGUCCCCAGGACGAGAACGUGUUUCUGUCGCCCAAACAUGAUAGGAAGAUCAGCUCCGACUCAGAGCUCAAGCAGCUGUUGCUUGAGAACUCCAAACUAAUGCAGAAACUGGCCAAGAACCAGGAGAAAAUCAUGGAACUAGUGAAAAACAGAUGA